UUGCUGCCGGUUGCUGUGUAGUCUAGUGUUUAGUGUAGUCCAGUGUAAUUGGGUUAUAUACGAAAAAUGGACUCGGACACGGAUUCGGACCGGGAGAAGAGCAGCGAUCCAAAUGAGGAGCUACUCAGCAGCGAUGAUAAAACCUUUCACGAUGACGACGACGAGGAUGAGGACGAGGACGAGGACGAGGACUCAUCGGCAGUUGAUGAUGUUGACAACUUAGAUACGGUCGAUCCAAUUAAGCAAAUCGAUGCAGAACAAGCACAAUCCACAGCAGACCAACUGCUGGUGGUGCUCAUGCAAACAGAAGCCAUAGAAAUGCAACUGCAGCAAAUCGAUGUCGAGCUGGAUGUAAAUGUGGCUGCCAAAUCAGUGGCAGCAGCCAGCACAGCUCCAGAGCCGCCGGUUGCCGACCACGAAGUGGUCGGGGAGCCAGUUGGCAACCAGCGCCGGGUGCCGACCGAGCCGCUUGUUGCCAAGUGCAGCGAGAGCGUGCGCGAAUCUGUCGAAUGCUUUUACUCGGCACAGGAUCUGCUCGAAUAUGGGCAUAUGCUGGCAUCCACGGCGGAGCAGCGCACGCCGGACGUCGAGUCCGGCUAUUUUGACAAGUCGGAGAGCGAUGAUGUUUCGCGCGAAGAGUUUGAGGCGCAAUCGUGCAGCCUGCGCCGACCCAGAGGCCCACAAACGCUGCCCAUCCUCUCCAGCCAAGCGCUGGCAUCCACCGCCAGCAGCAGCAGCUCGGAGAGUCUACGCAUUGAGCUGAGCCGCUUUUGUAGCUCCAUUGAGACGUUCGAGCUGCAGCAGCAGCAACAACAACAAGAACAACAACCGCAGGAGAUCUCACUGCCGGCAGAGGUGCCUGCAGCUGGUGGGGAUUUGACAACGGACGAACGAUUCCUUGAUACACAAAGUGAGACAUAUGUUAUGCAGGUGUUUGGUCUAGAAGCUCAUCGAGCCCUUGAACUGCUCGAGGAUUAUCACGCACGUCUGUCGGAGCCACAGGAUCGAGCUCUGCGUAUCGCAAUCGAACGGGUCAUCCGCAUUUUUAAGUCUCGCCUAUUUCAAGCGCUGCUCGAUAUACAAGAAUUCUAUGAAUUAACAUUAUUGGAUGACUCGAAGAGCAUACAACAAAAGACCGCCGAAACAUUGCAAAUUGCAACCAAGUGGGAGAAGGAUGGACAGGCCACAAAGAUAGCCGAUUUUAUAAAAACUACCAAUCUAAAUCGCAAUUGCGUCUAUGAAAUUAACAACGAUGCCACAAAUCCCAAUCCAAGUUCAAAUCUUAAUCAAAACGCGAACGCAAACGUGGCCGCGCAUGCCGAGGCCUUGAGCAGAACAUUUAAAAAUGAAUUGGAAGAGAUUUUGAACCAACGCAUGCGCAUUGAGUCUGAUUACGAGAAUGCCAAAGAUGCCACAGCCGAUGAUGCGGCCAUUCAACAGGUGCGCAACUCGCGCUCACCACAGCAGCAGCAGCAGCAACAGGUGGUUCAGCAGUUGCAGCAACAGCAACAGCAGCAGCAACAGCAGCAGCAACAGCAGCAGCAUCUAGCGCAAUCACAGCCCACGACAGCCAGAAGCGGGACUCAGAUACUACACAAGGCAUCCUCGACGAAGGUGAAUGGCGAUGAUAGCUGGUAUUAUGAGGACAUACAGCUGGAGCGUGGCAAUUCCGGCUUGGGCUUCUCGAUUGCCGGCGGCACCGACAAUCCCCAUAUUGGCACCGACACCUCGAUAUAUAUCACAAAGCUGAUACCGGGCGGCGCCGCAGCUGCCGAUGGACGUCUGAGCAUUAACGACAUCAUCGUAUCGGUCAACGAUGUCUCCGUUGUGGAUGUGCCGCAUGCCUCCGCUGUGGAUGCUCUCAAGAAGGCCGGCAACAUCGUAAAGCUGCAUGUGAAACGGAAACGUGUCGCAAGUGCAACAGCUGCCGCACCCACAACAGCCGAUGUCCAAGACAGCGUCAGCGGAACGGCGGUCUCCGCUUCGGCUUCGGCGUCGGCGUCGGCACCGGCGGGACCAAAGGUGAUCGAAAUUGAUUUGGUCAAGGGCGGCAAAGGUCUGGGCUUCUCAAUUGCCGGCGGCAUUGGCAAUCAGCAUAUACCGGGCGACAAUGGCAUCUAUGUGACCAAACUUAUGGAUGGCGGUGCGGCCCAAGUGGACGGGCGCCUCUCCAUUGGCGACAAGCUAAUAGCGGUUCGCACUAACGGCAGCGAAAAGAAUUUGGAGAAUGUCACGCAUGAAUUGGCUGUGGGCACACUCAAGUCCAUCACCGAUAAGGUGACACUGAUUGUGGGCAAAACGCAGCAUUUAACGAGCAGUGCCUCACAGUCGGGCAGUGCACAGCUUGGCCAGCAGUCGCAGGCGCAUUCACAGUCGCAAACCCAAUUGGCAGCUGCCACACGACAGCAGCAGCAGCAGCAGCAACAGCAGCCGGCUAAUUCGGAAUCUGCAGAGCCCGGCUCAAGGUACGCAUCGACUAAUGUCCUGGCGGCCGUGCCACCGGGCACACCGCGCGCUGUCAGCACAGAGGAUAUAACCAGAGAACCACGCACCAUUACCAUACAAAAGGGACCACAAGGUCUGGGCUUCAAUAUAGUCGGCGGCGAGGAUGGCCAGGGUAUUUAUGUAUCAUUCAUAUUGGCCGGCGGUCCGGCGGAUCUUGGCUCCGAGCUGAAGCGCGGCGAUCAGCUGCUCAGUGUGAACAAUGUCAAUUUGACGCAUGCCACACACGAGGAAGCGGCUCAGGCAUUAAAAACAUCUGGCGGCGUAGUCACAUUGGUUGCACAAUAUCGGCCAGAGGAUUACAAUCGAUUCGAGGCACGCAUUCAGGAGCUGAAGCAACAGGCGGCGCUUAGCGCCGGCGGCUCUGGCACCCUGCUCCGCACCACACAGAAGCGUUCGCUAUAUGUACGCGCCCUCUUCGACUAUGAUCCAAAUCGCGAUGAUGGCCUGCCGUCGCGCGGCCUGCCCUUUAAGCAUGGAGACAUACUGCAUGUGACCAAUGCCUCCGACGAUGAGUGGUGGCAGGCACGACGCGUGCUUGGCGACAAUGAGGACGAACAAAUCGGUAUUGUGCCAUCGAAGCGGCGCUGGGAGCGUAAAAUGCGUGCACGUGAUCGCAGCGUCAAGUUCCAGGGACAUGCGGCGGCUAACAACAAUCUAGAUAAGCAAUCAACUUUGGAUCGCAAAAAGAAGAAUUUUACAUUCUCACGCAAGUUCCCAUUCAUGAAGAGUCGCGAUGAGAAGAACGAAGAUGGCAGCGACCAAGAGCCAAACGGAUUUGUAAACAGCAACAGUGAAAUCGAUGUUAACAAUGUUAACAACAAUCAAGCAAAUGAGCCGCAGCCUUUUAUGCUUUGCUACACACAAGACGAUGCCAACGCUGAAGGAGGCGAGAUUAUCUACAGAGUGGAAUUACCCGAUAUGGAGCAGAUAACUUUAAUCUACUUGGAGAAUAAUGAUGCUGACUAUCCUUCCGAGGAGAACGUGCUGUCCUAUGAGGCCGUGCAGCGUUUAUCCAUUAGCUAUACACGUCCCGUUAUAAUAUUGGGACCACUUAAGGAUCGUAUCAAUGACGAUUUAAUAUCUGAAUACCCGGACAAAUUCGGCUCAUGUGUGCCACAUACCACACGGCCGAAACGCGAAUAUGAGGUAGAUGGUCGGGACUAUCAUUUUGUGUCAUCGCGCGAACAAAUGGAGCGUGAUAUACAGAACCAUCUGUUCAUCGAAGCCGGCCAAUACAAUGACAAUUUGUAUGGCACAUCGGUGGCCAGCGUGCGCGAGGUGGCCGAAAGGGGCAAACACUGCAUACUGGAUGUUUCGGGCAAUGCAAUUAAGCGCUUGCAGGUUGCGCAACUCUAUCCGGUUGCUGUUUUCAUAAAGCCCAAGUCUGUGGACUCUGUGAUGGAAAUGAACCGUCGCAUGACCGAGGAGCAGGCAAAGAAAACAUAUGAGCGCGCUAUUAAAAUGGAGCAAGAAUUCGGCGAAUACUUUACGGGCGUUGUACAAGGCGAUACAAUCGAGGAAAUAUAUAGCAAAGUCAAAUCAAUGAUUUGGUCGCAAUCGGGACCAACUAUUUGGGUACCAUCGAAGGAAUCUCUAUGACCAACAGCCACAACAACAUGGACACUGCCGCCUCGAGUACGUUGUCGACCUGUCUCGAGAACACCAACAACAACAGCAGCAACAACAGCAGCAGCAGCAACAACAGCAGCAGCAGCAACAGCAGCAACAACAACAAAUCAGCCGCAACAAAAAACGUCACAUUGAUGCAACAACACAACGACAAUGCAAACAUCAACAACAGCAACAGCAACAACAUCAACAUCAGCAGCAGCAACAAUGCGCAGCAGUCAAAUCGAUGUUGUUCAUGAUUAGAUUGGUUAUUGUUUUUUCUUUAUAAACAAUUAACAUUUGCCGGCGCAGUUCAAUACGAGCCCAAAUCAAGAAAACACACUAAAACAAGAUUCUUGGCUAUUAGCUCUUAGCUCUCUUGCUGUGAGGACAAACUGUUCAAACUGAAGCGGCGGCUGUUUAGUUUAAGUUAGAACAAAAUUGAUAAAAAAAAAAAAAAAAAA